CAAAACGGGAGAAGAGAAUGAUAUAUCGUAUCGUACUCGUCAAUCAACUUCACACCCCGCUUCUGUGCAAAGUUGAACCACGCGUCAAAUCUCGGUGGGGGAGGCAUCUUGUAACGACGUCGGUAUUCCUCCACCGCAUCCUUGAGCGUCUUGGAUUGUCUGGCACGGACAUUCUCGAACUUUCUAUUCGCGUUAUCGAAUAGCUGGGCGACUGGAUGGGAUUUGUCUGUGACGGUGAUAGGAUUCGGGAUGAAUAACGGAUUGUUCUUCCCGCUUUCUUUCACUCUCCCAGCUGGCACUGGAUGGCCCAGUAGCACAAACGAAAGCCCUACGAGGCAGACGACCGCCAAAAGGACGACAAACCGUUGCGUUCGCAUCCCCAAUUGACAAGUAACGGUCCGGACAUGUGUAGGGCGAAAAUGGGCGGCAUUCAGGAAGAGAGCAAUGGCAUUUUUGAGGGACGGCGUAAAAGGGAAGGUAUAGAUGUAGCCUUUGGGCCGGCGUAUUUGGUUCAAGGUAAAUAAAACUGUGAUUUUGGGAAGGUGCUGUUCGUGAUCCAGCGCCAAGCAGUUAAAUUUUAUAGGCAAGAAGGAUCCUUUGCCCUGGAAAAAAAAAAAAGUACCUAGGGCGCAAGCUUGUUCAGCCACUCCUGGAAGUGCUAGGACGAUGAACGCUCUGAUGCGAUAUGUCAAGGCCCCCAAAGCGGUAAGCGCGAGGUCUGGCCUCCAAGGUGACGAAUCGACAGGGAUUAGACGCGUGCCAAGCGACUCGGCGCAAAGCUUAACCGCGAUAGGCUUGGGGCUCGGUUGGUGGAGAGGACAGCAUAACGUCGGGGGUAGGAGCGACGCAGUGUAUGUACAUACAUGUACGGAGUACAGACCGUAGUAAUAAUGUAUGUACGGAGUACAUGUACAUGUACAUGGACAGUACAUUAUUACAUCCGUCAAGGCUCCUGAGACAAAUGACGAAGAAUCUGUCUCAAAUUUAAACAAACACCCAACCAAGCUUGAAUCAAUCAAAUAAAUCAACAAACUUAAUAGGAAACAAGGCCGCGAGGAGCAGACAAGGGAGACGAUCGCAUUUACAUAGAAAUAUCUAUCCACAAUAACGUCUACAUCGAUUCAAACAUAAGUUGACCUCACCUGUGACUGAAUACGGCUUAUCUCGUCUUGAAAUCCCUCUCUCUCUCUGUGUGUUAAAUUUGAAGCACACAUCCAGGCCGGAAGGACGGCCACUAACGGUGGAAUGCGCUUCCUCUUUUGUUGGUUGCUCGUUGAAAUCUAUAGAGUACUCAGCACUAUUUUUGGGGUUGAUAUUAAAUGUGGCAAGGCGCUGUUCAUGGAGAAUUACUGAGAACGUGUAACUAAUAACUCUACAUAUAUUUGAUUGAGGAGAGUGGAGUGGGCAUGGAUUGAAAAAAAGAAAAGAAGAACGGGCUAAACUCUCUGAAACAAGGAGAGGAGGAUAAAAAUGCUAAUUACAACGGCUCUAAGAAUAAUAAUAGUGGCUCUCGCCUUGGGAGUUUUGCCGUGUAGCUGGGGUGAUGAAAAUAUACGCCGUACUGCGUAUGUCGUCCACACGAAACCCCCGGUCUGUUGAAGACGAGCUAAGAUGCAUCUGGCGUUAGGAUGAAAUCACGUCAUUUAUAGCGCAAGCCCGAAACCCGAAAUAGUUGCAAUACCCCAAGACACCAGACCAGAAAGGUUCAUUAAAACGGGGCUCCAGCGCAAAGAACACUUAUCGUCCCGCAUUUCAUUCAUUUACAACUUCUAGAGCGCAUACCUAGACCAGGGACAACUUUCGUUGACCCUUCUCGCAGGACACGGAAAUCAUAGUUUGUGUCCUUUGCUGGAGAAGAACAUGGAUUGUUUGAUGUGUCGCGACUUGCCCGUCUUCUCGUCAAAAAGGCAAAACCCAUAAUGAGCAGCGUUUGGUGGUGUGUAUACUGUCACCAGGUUAGGUUUACCUCCAAAGAAGAUGGAAAAAGAUAAAAUCGUUCCCAUGAAUCGAAAUGCAGCAAGAGGGAUGGCACGUGUUUGGGCAAGUGAUGAACUUACAGUGAAGGGAAAUAGCAAAAUCGUCAGGGUCAGGAUUAGAGAUCUUAUGCAGGCCGAGCUUUUCGUUUUUAAGCUUGUUAGUGUAUGUUCUCCCCAGAAAGUUUCUAAAAAUAGGAUGGAGCUUGGUCCACGUCUUAUCCUCACCUUAUCUGACAUUGGGCGUUGGCAUGGUCAUGAAUGGCGCUUCCCUUUCCAGGGCUCCAGACGAGAAUAAGCUAUAUACCCUCGCCGUUAGCAUGUUUCACCCCCGAAGCAUCAUGGACAUCAAUCGAUCAAUGACUCCAAACAUCGCCAAGCCCAUCCGUGCCUAUGACUCACCAGAUUACAUUUACCAUUGCCCUCAUCGACCAGAUUUCUCGUAUAUGCUCUUCCAGCAUCGCCAAAGGCAUACCGUUCCCAUUCACUCUCGUUGGAGGUAUAGUCCUCCAUGAGCUUCUGGAUAUCCAUCGGAUCGACGUCGUCGGAAUCUAGACCUGAGCUAGGGCCAAGGACUGUGUUGAUGUCCUCUACUAAGCUGUGGAAUGCAUCGACGGGGGAGGCUUCGGGCGAGGAGUCGCCGUUCACGAGAUACGGCAUUGUGUCGGGACCUGUGCACUUGGGCCUGGAGAUUGAGAACGAGAGUAGAAAGAUGAACGUGGUUCGAGGAGUACGGCGAGGAAGAUAGUUCCUAUGAGGUAUUUAAGAAUUACGGCGGGCUGGGUGCAGUGUCUCUUAUAUGAAUGAAUGCAGUGGGACCACGGCGCAGGUAGGAGGCGGAGGCGGCGGAGAAAUCUUAUCAGAUGGAUGGAGAACUCGAUCACGCGGGUAGGAAAGAGCCCAGACCAGACUGAGCCGAACAAGCGGGAGGCGGCACCUGGGUGCAAAAUAGAUACUACUAGCCGAAGAGUGAAGAGAACAGGCGGUCAGGAACGAAAAGCACACGGUGGCUACUACUCGAACCCGACCCCAUAUACCCCUAUAUAUAUUUCGCAGUUCUAUAACGGCCCAAGGGAAAUCUUAACGUCGCCCAGCGGUUCGUCUAACCCUAACUUCCCCCAACUUGGAGCCUUAAAACCAAAGUUGGAAGCCCCCGAUGAGCCGAUUCCCCGAAUUUUGCCCCUGUUAAUCCGACACUAAGCGACUUCCGGAACCGUUCGGGACCAUCCUUGGAACCUUUUGGGAAUUUCCACGCGAGGUCAAAUGCCAAGCCUGACUAAUAAAUGACUCAGCGACAUUCUUGAACUUCCGGCGCCCAAAUCCCAACAUCAAAAUCGAAUUGACACCGAAGUCCACGCAAAAUCUCCGCUCUUUGAUAGCAAGACAGGUUGUAUAGAUAGAGCUGGCCUCAUCCGCUUUUUGAGUACCCCAUUCCAAUACCUGUUCUGCUUUAUAGAAAGACGAAAGUUACAAAUCCGCAAGCAUGGCGACAACUGUGGACAAGAUCAAGGAGAUCGAGACCGAAAUGGCUCGGACUCAAAAAAACAAGAACACGUCGUAUCAUUUAGGUCAAUUGAAAGCUAAGCUUGCGAAGCUAAAGAGAGAGCUUCUUACACCUACCUCUAGCGGUGGUGGCGGUGGACUUGGUUUCGAUGUUGCUCGCACGGGAGUAGCGAGCGUGGGGUUUAUCGGUUUCCCAUCUGUCGGGAAGAGCACUUUGAUGAGCAAAAUAACAGGACAGCAUUCUGAGGCUGCCGCUUAUGAAUUCACGACCCUAACGACUGUUCCUGGCCAGGUGAUAUAUAAUGGCGCGAAAAUCCAAAUUCUCGACCUUCCUGGUAUCAUUCAAGGUGCAAAAGAUGGCAAAGGUCGAGGUCGGCAGGUUAUUGCCGUUGCCAAGACCUGCAAUCUCAUCUUCAUCGUUUUGGACGUGAAUAAGCCCCUGACGGAUAAAAAAAUCAUUGAAGCGGAAUUGGAAGGCUUUGGGAUCCGGAUUAACAAGUCUCCACCGAACAUCGUAUUCAAGAAGAAGGACAAGGGUGGCAUUUCCAUCACGAGUACCGUGCCCUUAACGCACAUUGAUCAUGAUGAAAUUAAAGCUGUGAUGAGCGAAUAUCGGAUUUCGUCUGCGGACAUUGCGAUUCGGUGCGACGCGACAAUUGAUGACCUUAUCGACGUGCUCGAGGCGAGGAGUCGGAGUUAUAUCCCCGUUGUUUAUGCAUUGAACAAGAUCGAUGCUAUAUCAAUUGAGGAAUUGGACCUGCUCUAUCGAAUCCCGAAUGCGUGCCCGAUCAGUUCUGAGCAUGGGUGGAACAUUGAUGAACUGCUCGAGCUCAUGUGGGAGAAACUCGAUCUCAGGAGAGUCUAUACAAAACCCAAGGGGAAAACUCCAGAUUAUUCGUCCCCGGUCGUUCUGCGGCGUAAUGCUUGCACCGUUGAAGAUUUCUGUAAUUCCAUUCAUAAAACCAUCGCAGAACAAUUCAAACAUGCAAUCGUUUAUGGUCGUUCCGUCAAACAUCAACCACAAAGAGUGGGACUCAGUCAUGAACUUGCAGAUGAGGACAUAAUCACAAUUAUCAAGCGAUAACAGUAUCAAGCAGAUGAAAUAAAACAGCACCAUGGAAAAAGAAAAGAAAAGGUGGCCUAGCUAUACGAAUGACAACCAGCCAAAUGGCUUUCUUUUUCUUUUUUUGGUGCUCGAUGCACGAAUCAGUCGCCGCAAAACAUAUUUUCUCGGCCGGGACACACGACCCAGCGCAACGGAGCGGGACCAUGGCGAUGAUAACGAUCAUGAUACAUAGAAACAUACGUGGCCUUCUCGACCCGCACGCCCUUUUCCUCAAGACGAAUCAUGGGAAGCAUAGCAUCCAAGGAAUACGGAGGAAUAAACAAAAGUUAUUUUCUUUUUUGUUGAAUAAGUUUUAGCCUACGAACGGUUUCCGGCAUUGCUUUCCUUUCUUGGCAAAUUUAUAGUUUAAUCUUUUGACGCAUGUUAGAUUUUAGAUUUUAUACCCAAAUGGAUUUCAAGCUUUGUGUGUACUAUCUAUCGUACUUUGCCUAUGUCGUCGCCGUCUGUCGGGACUAUCACGGAGAAUGCAUAUAGGGUUCUUCUAUCUUUUUUUUUUCUUUUCCCGCCAAAAGGAGAGAUGUCCACGUACAAACAUGGUCUUUAGGGCGGAUAUCAAAAAGAGUAAAACAGCGAACAAAAGAGCGACUCAGGAUUGUAGUGUUUUGCUCAUGUUGGUAUCCGCUUCACAGGAAAAGCAAUGUAUUAACACAGGCAGUUCUUUUUCAUCUCCCCCCCCCCCCCCCCCCCCCUCUUUUUUUUUUUUUUCCCUUUCGAAGGAAUUCAUACACACCUGUAACAAUGUCUAUCUAUCCAUAUUUUCUUUUCCCUCGGCGUAUUGCAUCCCUUGUAUGGAAAUGCAUACCGUGUGGACCGUAUCUAUUAUAUAGAUAUCUACCCAAUCCAUCCCCAGUCUCGGUGCAGGCAGGUCUCUUUUCCAGGUUAGUUACGACGAACGUCUCGGUGAGCGACCGAGAAGCAUGGGGUCUUUGUUUCCAUCCCAUGGAUCCACGAAGAGGGCUGAAAAAGGGUGUAAAAAAGAUAAUAAAAGUCAAAGAGUCAAAAAUCAAAAGAAAAUCAAACAAAGAAAACCAGGCUCGGC